AUGACUUCCAUGAAUUUCUCAAGCAUUGAGACAUUGACUGGGAGCAACUACAAAAGCUGGAAACAAGACAUUGAGAUAUUGUUGGGGCUCAUGGACUAUGAUCUUGCUAUUCGAGAGGAUGAACCUGCUGCACUUACUGAAGCUAGCACAACAGCGCAGAGGACCAAGCAUGAGAAAUGGGAAAAAUCGAAUAGGAUGGCAUUAAAUGUCAUGAGGAGGGCUAUGACCUCGGCUGUGAGAUGGGGGAUUCCAGUUUGUGAUAAGGCUAAGAAUUUCCUCGAAGCAAUUGAGAUAAAAUUUAAGGAGUCAGAAAAGGUUGAGACUGAUUUGAUGCCUGAUCAGCAGCUAUCUCUACAUAUUUUUUUUAUCCUAGUGUGGACACCAUGA